CUGGAUAGAGGAGAGUACAGGCUAGGGGUGAGUCUCCACAUCAAGGAAUAUAUGUAAGUAGCAGAAUACAAGUGAUGGUGGGAUAGCAAGACAAGGACAUAGUCUAAAGCAAGGGUGAAGUAUCUUGUUUACAUUGAGAAGGAGGGUUAUAGUGCUGAGAGCUGUAAGACUCCCCCGAGAUUGGAAAGAACUUGAGAGGAGGGAUCUAAUGAUGCGGUGAUAUGGUGAUGAAUCUCCACUGGAGGCUGUUUUGAAAAGAUGGCUGAUAUAGAAGCUUUACCUGAGCAGGUAUUGCUCAAAAUCCUCUCCUAUAUCCCUGCAAGGGAGUUGGUUUUGAUCUGUAGACUAGUUUGCCAACAGUGGAAGAUGCUUGUGGAUGGACUAGACCUACAAGUUCACGAUGAAAGGUCACUGAACCAAAAGGAAGACAUAACAGAAGAAGACUGGGAUGCAUUUUACUUUUGUACAUCUGCAAAAAAAAAUCUAAUCAAGAACCCAUGCGGAGAAGAGGAAUUUGCCUUCUGGGAACUCACAAGUGAUGACGGAGAUGGAUGGAAGGUGGAAGAUCUUCCAGGAGACAAUGGAAAGCCCUUUCCAAAUCAAAAGAUUCAGAAAUAUUUUGUUACAUCUUUCGAGUGGUGCCAAAAGUCUCAACUAAUUAACCUGGUCUCGGAAGGAUUUGAGGCAGAGACACUGGAUAACAUUCAACCUGCUAUCACAGUGCGAGACUGGUACGCAGGGAGGCACGAUUCUGGUUGUGACUAUGAACUACACGUUGAGCUCCUCUCUGAAGACAUGAGCAAGAUCCAGGAGUAUAAGACUGAUAUGAUUCAUGUGCCACAGUGGAGUGAUGCAGAAUGGAAGGAGAUAUCAAACACUUUCACAAACUAUGGACCUGGUGUACGAUAUGUAAAGUUUACACAUGGAGGAAAGGACUCUCAGUGUUGGGCGGGAUGGUAUGGAGCCAGAGUCACCAACAGCACAGUCACCGUUGAACAAUGACCUUGGCUCAAAACACGUCUCCUGCUGCUUUCAGAACUGACUUUUGCAACAGUUUUAUCUAGGGUAGCAUGAGCUGCAUUUCCCAGCAGGUCCCAGUACAAAUGUUCUGGGUCAUUGCACAGGCUGUUCGUUUAAUACUGUUUAUGCUAAACGUGGUGCACAUAGCGUGGCACAAUUAAUAGCGGGCAGAGGAGCUAAGCUGGGAGAAUGCCAAAGAAAAUUCCUCUCCUCUCCUGCCUCCACUCCCUUGGCAAAUGAAUUUUUGGCUGUCCUGCAUUAAGUACCAACUUGGAAAAUAGCUGAGGCAAGUAGUUUACUUUAUCUAAACAUAGAUACAAUGAACUGCACCACACCACCUUGCCCUAUUUAGUCUGUUCGGUUUGGAUUAAAUGUACAAAACCAGGUGAAGAAUCCAUGUGACACAAUCACUAACCAAUAACUAUGCAACUCAGAGUGCGAACCUUGAAUAUAUUUCUGUGCUGUCAUCCGUAUCUGUGCUAAUUUGAGGCAAACAGGAUGUAAGAUGUCCUGAGACAGUCUGCUAGCGCUUACCAGAGGAAAUAAAAGAUCAAUUUUCAAGCUAAUCAAUAAUGUUACUGAGUGACUGAGAAAGUAAUUUGCAUUAAUCGGAUUUGAAAGACUGUCAUUGGAUGUACACACUCUAAAUCUACCAACAAACCUAUUCAAUCCAAUUAGCAAAUAAUUAUGGUGUAUUAUAUUUAAUGGACAAGUAAUAAUUAACAGGGUCCUUUUCCUAGCACCUUAGCACUUCAGCAUAUUUGCAAAAUCCAUUCUCCAAAGAAACAUAUUUCUUUCAAACUCGUAUUUUGAACCAUCGCCUUUGAAGAUCUGUUGUUCUGCGGCAUCAGAUGGCCUACAGGAAGCAGAGAUUCCCGAGUAGCAGGCUAGCUUCAUCUGUGAAGUCUUUGUAUUAGCUGCAGGGAGUAAUUGUAAGCCUAAAUGGCAAAGGACACCAAUAGACAAUAUAUUUUGGUAAAUAAAGAGACACAUGAACAGUGGGUCCAGCUAUGGGGAUAAAUGUCAUUCAUGGUAAAUAAAA